AGGAGCUGUGCUGAAUAAUAAAAAAUGAAAAUAAUAAUCCAAAUAAUCUUAUAAUUUAGAAUUCAAAAUUCAAAAUUUAUUCCAGUAUUUAUAUUUUUGAAACUAUGAGUGGGCAGUAAAACUUGCAGAGUUUAAAGUUAGUGAAGUUUCAAUUCAGUGAGUUCUCAUGGCUACAGAAGGUAGGAACGAAAGUUUGCCCUUGGGAUGUUGUGUGGAGAGUUCCACAGGGCUCCCAUAGGUUUGCAUUUGAAUAGCGUUUUCCUCUCUGCCAACCCGAGCCCUUACAGCGCCCUGCUCACUCUGGUUCGUGGCAUGGCUGCCGUCUCGGCUCACGAAGAUGAGGACAUCUAUCUCGAAAACGGGCUGCUCAGCUACGAGAACCCCAACUACCACCUCGGCCCGCCGUCCCACCACCAGCGACGCCUCGACGACGCCCUCAACUCCAACGACGCCUACGAGGAGGUGUGCCGCGAGUUGGACGAUCUGUGCCAGCAGGGAGGGCGCAAGGGGGUGCCGGGGGGCGGCCAGCAAUCGGCCGGCCGGAAGUCGUACGCCGCCCUCGACGCCGGCUCGAUGGGGGUGGACGUGAACGGGGGGCCGGUGAUGCAGCGGUACGUGGACAACAGGAGGGGUAAUGAAUGGAAUGGGAAUUCAAUGUCUGAAAAGGACAAGAGUGAAAGUUCUACUGUUUGGGAAAAUUUGUGCGAGCAAAUGGUGAUAACCAAAGAAGACGAUAACGGCAUCCCGCACAUCGUCGGCAACAUAACCAACGACCUCUAUGCCGUCCCCAUGAAAAAAUUCAGCCCGAAAUCACCGCAACAGAUAGACAAGUCCGACAGUCCCGAAAAAGAAUGGAACAGUCAGAAUGAACUACCGCCAGGCUGGGAAAAACACGAAGAUAACGAUGGCCCUUAUUAUUGGCACAUAAAAAGCGGCACCAUCCAAAGGGAGAUACCAUUGUUGGACAACAAAGUGGAAAAGUCCGAAUCGAAAAGCAAUCUGCGCGAAAGCGACUUGAUUUCCUCAUUCGAAAGCUCAAUGUCAGUGACAAGAAGCAGCACAAGCUCAGCUCUGGACUUGGAUAGUGAAGACAGGAAGAGGAAGGAUGACAUAGCUUUAAAAAGAAGGAGUUUCCCUUCGAAACCCGAGCAAGCGGACGCGAAAGACCGUCCGAUCCGUUUCGCCGUACGUUCGCUCGGCUGGGUGGAGAUCUCCGAGGACGAUCUGACGCCAGAGCGCAGCAGCAAGGCGGUCAACAAGUGCAUCGUCGAUCUGUCCUUGGGCAAGAACGACCUGUUGGACGUGGUGGGCAGAUGGGGGGACGGAAAAGACUUGUUCAUGGAUCUGGACGAAGGUGCUCUCAAAUUAUUCGAUCCAGAAAAUUUGACGGUCCUCAAUACCCAACCGAUUCAUACCAUUAGGGUUUGGGGAGUUGGAAGGGAUAAUGGAAGGGAUUUCGCGUAUGUAGCCAGAGACAGGAGUACGCGCAAGCAUAUGUGUCACGUGUUCAGGUGCGACAUGCCGGCCAGGACGAUCGCGAACACUCUCCGUGACAUAUGCAAAAAGAUCAUGAUCGAGCGAAGUUUGCAACAGAACUUGGGCAAGGCCAUCGACCCUACAGGGAAAUCGCAAGCGACCAGACCAAACAAUCUACCGACAGAGCACAGACGUCCUACGAGGAAUUCGCAAAUAUUCAUUUCUCAAUCGUUCCCCACGCCGAUGGAAGAGCCAAAGAAGGUGCUCCGAGCCCAGUACCUCGGCAGCACCCAAGUCCACUGCUCCACCGGCAUGGACAGCCUGAACGACUCCAUCGACAGGCUGGCCCACAGAGUACCGCCCGACCAAUGGCUGCCCGUCAACAUCUCCAUAGCGCCGUCUAUGAUCACCAUACAUCAUUCCGGUGAUGACCACCUGAUAGCAGAAUGCAGGGUCAGAUAUCUUUCGUUCUUAGGCAUAGGAAAAGUCAUCAAGCAUUGUGCUUUUAUCAUGCACACUGCGCAAGACACUUUCAUGUCGCAUGUUUUCUACUGUGAACCUUCUUCGGGUGCUCUGUGCAAAACGAUCGAGGCAGCUUGCAAGUUAAGGUAUCAGAAAUGCUUGGACGCUCAUCCCCAAGGUUUGGGCGGCAGUACAACUAGCUUGCAUACGCCGGGCAGCAGUAUUGGGGCAGCUCUCAAGUCGUUCGUCGGGUCGCUCAGAGGUCGGAAAAGUAAAAGUACGGAUUCCUGAGAAUGGAAACAAACUCUGCAGGACUAUGAAAUGGACCCUGCGGAGCGAGAAGUGAUCAGACACAGGCACCUGCAAUCACCCCUAACACCGAAGUAUUUCGGUACUAGUCUAAUGUCGCCGGCAGAGGCAAGCUCCCUCUCCCCUCCCGCUUCCCCCCAGCAGCGGGGAAAGGGGGGUCUGUCGCCGGUCGGGAUCAACUGAGACCUUUAUUUUUCAUUCCGUUUCUUCUUAUUCCUCGAUGUUCGCGCAGCGUACAGGGUGGGCCGCCGGAAAGAGGCGAUUCGGCAGGCAUUUUUCGAGAUGGGGUAAUUAGAAUUACUGGAUGGUAUCAAUGGGGGAGACCACAGAUUCUUCAAAAUGACAUCAUCGUGAGCUCUAUGCCGAAAUGCUACCAUUAAAUAUAAUUUUGAAUUGUUUCAUUCAUACUGGAACGAUACAAAAAAUAAAUCAAAAUAUGUUCAUUUUAAAACACACACUUCCUGUGCCAUUUGAUGUGCUGUCAGUUGAGUGCGCCGCGUUGCAGCCACAUCUCGUUGGAGCCACAUUUCGUUGCAGCCACAUCUCGUUGGAGCCACAGGUAAAUAACCAAUACCCUUAAUUGGUGCAGAAUCAAGUUAAUAGAAAAUUUCCGGCCAAGAGCUUCGCUCACGACCGAUCCUGAAAUAAUAUCAUUAUUGAAAUAGCGAAUCACUAUCAGCCUCAAUAACAGCACAGUAAAUGCGUCCACAGUACUUUUUUCAGCGAGGAAGGAGAAAAAAGAAGACUACUUUUUUAAAACCAUCUAACCUUACUCAGCCUGAAUGUACCUUCUUCCUAAAAAGACAGUAGUUUUUUCAGGAAGGAAAAUAUCCCUCUGCGUAAAAAAGGACACUACUUUUUUAAACCAACUAACCUUACUCGGCCUAAAUGAACCUUCUUCCUAAAAAUUAUAUUUUUCGAAAAAUCACUAGACAAAACAAAAUAGAAAAAUGCCGACCGUCUCAGGCAUUGAACCCGGGUCGCCGAAUCUGGGCCCAACGAGAUGUGGCUGCAACGAGAUGUGGGUGCAAAGAGAUGCUCCCCUGUCAAUUCAUUGGCUUGACUGUUGUGACAUAUUAGUCCCAAUACGCCUAUUGUCCUUGAGCUGACCAAUCACGCUGCAGAAUGGAAAGGUAUCAGAAAGAGAUAACUACAGUUCGGGACUAAUACGUCACGGCUCCACCUUCAUAUCUGACUUUUUGAAAUAUCGAUAGGAAUGAUAUAUAAUAAAUUGAAUUGGAUGGAUUUCAUUACUCAGUGGUCUUCCCCAUUAGAUGAGAGUUCAGGCACAGCUGAACUUCUGUCCUUUUCUAUUUUCUACAUUAAAAUAAUAGUGAUAUUCUUCCAUUCUGAACUAACUGAAUCAGUUGACAUGCAUUGUACAGGGUGAUCAGUUAAGGGUAGCGAGCGGCCAUAUCUCAUAAGAUAUUGGUCGUAUAGAUUUGAG